AUGAAGCCUACGACGAUUGUUUGUGCCCUCGCUGGUCUAUUGCCGGGUGUGGCCGCCGCUCCCGGACCUGUUCGUAGUGAGGAUUUGAUCCUGCAGCGUGCUCUGCCUAACGCCCCUGAUGGAUAUACUCCGAGCAAAGUCGACUGCCCGCCCAGCCGUCCUACCAUUCGGAGUGCCGCUCGCUUGUCGCCCGAUGAGGUAUCAUGGUUGAAGACACGUCGAGAAAAAACAACCUCCGCGCUGAAGGAUUUCUUCAACCAUGUUAAGAUCAAGGACUUCGAUCCGGUCGGCUAUAUCAACCAGGUUGCUGGUAAUAUGUCAAAUGUUCCCAACAUUGGUAUUGCAGUCUCUGGCGGUGGAUACCGGGCAUUGAUGAACGGCGCGGGUGCGAUCAAGGCUUUUGACAGUCGCACGCCGAAUUCGACGAGCAGCGGCCAGCUAGGUGGAUUGCUUCAGUCAGCCACAUACUUGGCUGGUCUAAGUGGUGGCUCAUGGCUGCUCGGCUCCAUCUACAUCAACAACUUUACGACCAUCUCUGACCUGCAGACUUACGAAAAGGGUGCCGUGUGGCAGUUUCAGAACUCGAUCUUCGAAGGGCCUGAUGGGGAUAAGAUCCAAAUUCUGGAUUCAGCAUCUUACUAUAAGGCUAUCAGUGAUGCGGUGUCUGGCAAAUCCGAUGCGGGCUAUCCGACCUCUAUCACAGACUAUUGGGGUCGUGCUAUAUCGUAUCAGAUGGUUGACGCGCCGCAUGGUGGGCCAAGCUACACCUGGUCCUCCAUUGCGAAGACCGAUACUUUCAAACAGGCCGAGAUGCCAAUGCCUGUGGUUGUCGCCGACGGCCGUUACCCCGGAGAGCUUCUAAUCAGCAGCAAUGCAACUAUAUAUGAGUUUAAUCCUUGGGAAUUCGGCACUUUUGAUCCUACAGUUUUUGGGUUCGCUCCUUUGGAAUACUUGGGUACGAAAUUCGAUGGAGGAUCCGUCCCCAAGAAUGAGAGCUGUGUGCGUGGCUAUGACAAUGCUGGCUUCGUCAUGGGAACUUCUUCCACCCUCUUCAACCAGUUCCUUCUCCAAGUCAACUCCACGGCUCUGCCCGACUUUUUGAAAACCGCCUUCACGAGUAUCUUGGAGAAGGUCGGUGAGCAUGAUGAGGACAUUGCGCUUUACGCUCCUAACCCAUUCUAUCAUUACUCCAACAACACGUCCCCCAAUGCCGAUCAGUUGGAACUGGAUUUGGUGGAUGGUGGUGAGGAUCUGCAGAACAUCCCGCUACACCCAUUGAUUCAGCCGGAGCGCCAUGUGGAUGUCAUCUUCGCUGUUGAUUCUUCCGCCGAUACAACCUGGAGCUGGCCCAACGGCACUGCUCUUGUAGCUACCUAUGAACGUGGCUUAAACACUACCGGCAUUGGCAAUGGUACUGUCUUCCCUGCGGUCCCCGACCAGAUCACCUUCGUCAACAAUGGCUUGAACACCCGACCUACCUUUUUCGGCUGCAACAGUUCUAAUAUGACUGGCCCCUCCCCUCUUAUCGUGUAUCUUCCCAACUAUCCCUACAUGUCCUAUUCCAAUUUUUCCACUUUCCAGCCGGAUUAUACGGAAAAGGAACGAGACGACACCAUCCGGAACGGAUAUGAUGUCGUGACCAUGGGCAACAGCACCCGGGAUAGCGAGUGGUCAACUUGCGUCGGUUGUGCUAUCCUCAGCCGCUCCUUCGAGCGUACCAACACCAAGGUGCCAGAAAUCUGUGGUCAGUGCUUCCAGCGGUAUUGCUGGGACGGCACGACCAACAACACGACACCAGCAGAAUACGAGCCAGUGACUCUCCUGAAAAGCGCAGCCUCUGGAAUCGCGCCAAGCGUUCUCGCUAGCCUCAUGGCUACAUGUUUUGCCCUUUGGGCAUUACUAUAG